AUGCCUGGCGUCAAGCGCAAGUCGACCGGGUCCGGGUCCCAGCCUGGCACGCCCCUCUCCAAGGCGUCGCCCUCGAAGCGCAGCACCGCAAAGUCGCCGGCAAAGCGGGCCGCCGUGCAGUACGGCAACGGAGAUGACGACGAUGACGACCAGGACGACGGCUUCGACGAUGCAGAGGACCUUCUCGCCUCGGCGCUCAAUGGAACUGGGUCAGCAGCGUUAGCCGACGACGACGACGACGACGACGAUAGCGAAGACGACGGAGACGACGACGACGGUGACAACGCCGCCGGGGACCAUCUCGAGCUCAUGUCCGACGAAGACAUGGAGGGCGGAUUCGAGGACCUCGAAGGCCAAGAGGAGGAUGACGAGGGGGGCUUCGAGGACCUCGAGGCUGGCGGCGACGGCGGCGCCGGUGACGACGACGACGAGGCCGGGCCAUCACAGAAGCGAUCCAAGACGUCGGCGCUCUACGCCCUGCCGACGACGGAAGAGGUGCAGGGGCUCAAGGAGACCGGCGAGCUGUUCAAGAGCAACGUGUUCAAGCUCAAGAUCGACGAGAUGCUGCCCGAGGUGCGGCCGCAGUUUGCCAAAGCGGGCGCGCUGGAGCUGGUGCUGCGCCGCCUGCACACUCUCUUCGAGUCGCUCGAGGCCGUCGAGCCGUUGCCGGUGGCGCAGGCGCUCCGCCGCCUCGACAAGCGCUCCAAGGGCGCAGUCAAGGUGGCCUUCCCCGACCCGCCGCCAAAGGCCGAUGCGCCGUACAAGCUCGGCUUCGCCAAGCCCGCCGCCAUGCACCUGGUCGGCAGCUGGCCGCUCAAGUCGGCGGCCAAGAAGCCCGACGGCAUCGACGUCGACGUCGCCGUCGUCAUGCCCUCGAGCCUCUUCCAGGAAAAGGACCACCUCAACUUCCGCUACUUUUACAAGCGCGCCUACUACCUCGCCGUCCUCGCCGACGCCAUCCGCGCCAACGCCGACAAGGUGGGCGUCGAGGCCAGCUACCAGCUGCUCGAGGCCGACCCGCGCCGCUCGAUCCUCAUCCUCAAGCCGGUCCACGACCGCAGCGACACCGACUUCUCCAAGCUCAAGGCGUCGAUCCGCAUCCACCUUGCACACGAGCCGGACCUCUUCAAGGUGGGCCGCCUCGGUCCGUCGCGCAACUGCGUCCGCAUCGGCGGCGGUCGUGGCGGCGACGACCACGACGACCACGACGAGGACCAGGACGCCGUGACCGCCUCCGCCGCGACCGCGACUGCCACCGCGCAGGCGGCCACGCCGCGCUACAACGCAGCCAUCCUGAUCGACGGCCUGCAGUUGGCCCAUCUCGUCUACCUGCACACGACGGCCCGCGAGUGCCCUGCGUUUGCCGACGCCUGCCUGCUGCUCAAGACGUGGGCCUUUCAGCGCGGCUUUGGCGCGGGCAUCCGCAAGCGGCGCAGGCAGGUAGCGGGCACCGGCAGCAUCCGGUUCAUCCUCACCAUGGUCCUCGCCCACCUGCUCCAUGGUGAGGAGAGGCAGCGCGGCACCAGCGCCGGCGCCGCCCGCGCCAAGUUGGCCACGGGCUUCAGCAGCUACCAGCUCUUCCGCGGCGUCGUCGACUGGCUCGCCACCCACGACUUCCGCGCCCGGCCCGUCUUUAUGAAGCCUAUGCCGUCGGCCGGGCUCGCCUCGCGCAGCGACAAGGUGCCGCGCGCCGACUUCUCCGCCGUCUUUGACCGCGUCAUGGUCGACCCGUCGGGCACGCUCAACCUGUUCAGCUUCCUGCCCACCGGCUCGCUCGAUCUGCUCCAGUUCGAAGCCAAGCGCACGCUCGCCAUGCUCGACGACCCGACCUCGGACCACUUUGACGCCCUCUUCCUUCAGGACCGCACGGCGCCGCCUUUCACAUACGAUGAGGUCGCCACGCUUAGCCUGCCCUCUUCGUCGUCGUCGUCGUCGAGCGCGCACGGCAACGGCGCCUCUGCGACCGCCGCCACGGACAAUGCGCUGAGGCGGGCCGACUUUGGCAACUCGUACCAGGCCAGCAUGAUCCAGGUCAGCGCGACGGCGUCGCGUGCGCUGCGCGGGCGUGCCCGAUUCGUCGCCCUGUCGCACUCGACUUCCGGCGGGCUGAUGGAGGCAUGGCCGCUCGGCUCGCCGCGGCCGGCGUCUCUGGCCGAGGCCGAGAUCGGCAUCGUGCUCGAUCCGGAGCAGGCCUGGAGGAUGGUCGAGCACGGUCCGCGCAGCGACGAGACCGAGGCCGCCGAAGAGUUCCGCCGGUUCUGGGGCGAACGUGCCGAGCUGCGCCGCUUCAAGGACGGUCGCAUCCUCGAGAGCGUCGUGUGGCCCACGCCGACGAUUGCCGCGCGCUGGGCCAUCCCGCGCCGCAUCCUCGCCUAUGCACUGCAGCGCCACCACGCCAUCGACGGCGACGAUCUGGCCUUCCUGGCGGACCGCUUCGACGGCCUGCUCGACCUCGACGCCUCGCUCGCCCGCCUCGCCCACGUCGUCUCGGUCGAGGAGAAGGGCUUCCAGCUGGCCCAGUCGACCUUUGACGGCCUGGUCAAGCAGCUGCGCGCCAUCGAGGACCUGCCGCUUUCGAUCAACUCGAUCGUCGCAGCGUCGCCCGGCCUCCGCGGCACCAGCACCUUUAUCCCCGGCCCGCUCAACCUCAAGUCGCUGGGCGGCCGCGUCCCCGACGUCGUCUCCUACCUCGACGUCCAGAACGUCGUCAUCACCUUUGAAGGCUCCGGACGCUGGCCGAGCGAGCUCGAGUCGUUCCAGGCCAUGAAGGCCGCCUUCUACGAGAAGAUUGGCACGGCUCUGGCGUCGAGCAAGGCGGGCGACGACGGCGGCGGCGCCCAGUGCCGCGUCGUCUUUGACCCGCGCGGCACCGCGCACAACCCGUUGCAGGACCAGAGCGCGCUCGAGGUGGUGCUGCCGUCCGGCUUCGCCUUCCACCUGCGCAUUUCGCACGAGCGCGAGCCCGCCAUUGUCGAGCGCAUCCUGUCGGACCGGUUCGAGCCGGCCGCGCUCAAGAAGCGCGCCAAGGCGGCCGCCGCCGUGUGGCACCGCCGCUUUACCGUGGGGCCGCGCCACCACCGCAUGGUGGCCGCGCUCAACCACAAGUUUGUCGCGUUUGGCGGCGCGACGCGGCUGGCCAAGCGCUGGCUCUCUGCGCAGAUGCUGGGCGACCACGUGGUGCCCGAGGAGCAGGUCGAGCUGGUGGCCGCCGCUGCCUUUCUCUCGCCCGAGGAGGGUGCUCCCGCGAGCGCCGUGGCGGGCUUCCUGCGCAUCCUGCGCCUGCUCGCCAGCUGGCGUUGGAAGGAGGAGCCUCUGAUGGUGCCGCUCGAGACGGCAGUGGGUGCGGCCGAGGGCGUGACGUCGUUCGCCUUCCCCACUGAGCUCAAGACCGAGGUCGAGGACAACUUCCGCAACGCGCGCGCCGCCGAUCCGUCGCUGUCGAGCCGGGCGUGGUUUAUUGCGACCGAGGUCGACGUCGAGGGCGUCGACUUUGGACGCGACGGGCCGUUUGCCGGUGCGGCCGACGGCAUCCGGCGCCUGGCCAAGGGCGCCGUGGCCAUCCUCGAGGGUGGCUCGGCGCUGCAGCGCCACGACGUGCUGGCGCUGUUCACGCCCAGCCUGGAGCACUACGACUUUUUGGUGCGGCUGCGGCCCGAGGUGCUGUCGCGGUACGCCAGGAACGUGGCGGCCGACAGCAGGGUGUGGACGAGCGGCGGCGGCGCCGAUGCCAAGGGCCGGAACAGGUACGCCAACCUGGUCGACGGCGUCGUCGACCUGCCCAGCACCUUGGGCCCCGUCGCGCGGCCUGGCUUUGACGCUGGCGCCGCCUUUCUGCAGAUCCUCGUGACGCACUACGCGGAUACCUUCCGGCUGUUUUACGACACCGAGGGCGGCACUGUGCUUGGCGGGACGUGGAACCCGGCGCUGCAGCGGGAGCGACACUUUAAGGUGGCGCUCGGCUUCUCCAGCAGGCCCGUCGAGGAUGGCGGUCGGAAGUCGUCGUCGCCGGCCGAUGUUGUGCUGAACCGGCAGGCUAUCCUGGCCGAGAUUGAACGCAUCGGCCAGGGCGUCGUCGAGUCGAUCGAGGUGCGGUCGCUGUGA